CAAAUUACUUCCCUGACUUGAGAUUCAGCCGAUUGAAUUGGCCCCUUCUCUCCUCGGUUUGAUUACAACAGCAUUGCAAAGUUAUUUAAAUUGGACUUGAAAGCCUUUUUCUUCUUCUUCUUACUUCUUACUUCUUUCCUCUCCCCCCCACAAAAUCUCUCUCUCUCUUUCUCUUCUCUUUCAGUUACUCUUAUUCUUUUGCUACUUGCUACUUUCUAGCCUCUCUCAGUACAGUCUACUUUCUUUUCUAUUUCUGAUCAAUCAUGAUUACUGCUGCACUCCUUCGUAGAACACCAGGGACGUUAUCCUCGGCUGUUCGUUUGCAUAAAUUCGCUCUUACUGCCACAGCCACGUCCUUUGCACGUUCACUCAGUACUCACAUCACUAAUGCGGCGUGUGAAGAUCAUGAGCCUGGUUUUUUAGGUUCCGUCGAAACCUUUUAUGAUCGCGCCGCCAAGAUCAGUGGCAUUCCUGAAAAGAAUCUCAAUACCAUCAGAGCAGUUGAUUCUGUCUUGAGCGUGAAAUUCCCUGUGGAGAUCGAUCCAAAUAAUCAUAUCAUCAUUGAAGGAUACCGUGCUCAACAUUCCCGUCAUCGUCUCCCCUGUAAAGGCGGUAUCCGUUUCUCAGAUGAGGUCGAUCUUCAAGAAGUCGAAGCCUUGGCUUCCUUGAUGACCUAUAAAUGUGCUGUCGUCGAUGUUCCCUUCGGAGGGGCUAAAGGAGGUGUGAAGCUCAACCCCAAGAACUUUACACCUGCACAACUGGAACGGAUCACUCGUCGAUACACCAUGGAACUCUGUCAAAAGAACUUUAUUGGGCCCGGUGUGGAUGUCCCAGCACCCGAUGUCGGUACUGGACCUCGUGAGAUGUCAUGGAUCAUGGAUACUUACCGUCAAUUCAACCCUCAGGAUGUGAAUGCGGCUGGAUGUGUGACGGGCAAACCCAUCUCUCAAGGAGGAGUCCGUGGUCGUAAUGAAGCAACAGGCCUAGGUGUCUACUAUGGUGUUCGCGAGUUCUUAAAAUUCCCAGAAGUUCAAAAGAUGGCUGGAUUGACAGGAGAGGUCGCAGGCAAGACUGUGAUUGUUCAAGGAUUUGGAAAUGUUGGUUAUUGGGCCGCAAAGUUCUUUCACAGGAACGGUGCCAAGGUCAUUGGAAUUGGUGAGCAUGACGUUUCUGCAUAUGAUCCUGAUGGUUUAGAUGUUGAGGCCCUUUUCAAGUACCGUGCAGAAAAGGGCUCAUUCCGUGGAUUUGAGAACGCAGAGAUGAUUGAAGACCCUAGCAAGAUUCUCGAACGUGAAUGCGAUAUCUUGAUUCCUGCUGCUUUGGAACGGCAGAUCGGUCUCAAGAACGUGAAGAGGAUCAAGGCCAAAAUCAUUGGUGAGGCUGCUAAUGGACCCAUCACCCCAGAUGCUCACGAUUAUCUUGUCGCACAAGGCAAGGUCGUUAUCCCAGAUUUGUUGUUGAACGCCGGUGGAGUUACUGUUUCAUACUUUGAGUGGCUCAAAAACUUGUCCCAUGUUCGAUUCGGUCGUAUGUCUCGUAAAUGGGAAGAGGCCGGCAAGAGCAAGCUUUUGACGUUGGUAGAGGAAAAUGCAGGUCGACAAUUGACUCCACAAGAACGACGUGCUGUGAUCCAUGGAGCUGAAGAGCAUGAGCUCGUCUACUCUGGUUUGGAGGACACCAUGAUCGGUGCCUGCGAGGAGACUCGUGCCACAGCUGCAGCCAAGAACACUGAUUUCCGUACAGCUGCUCUUGUGAACGCGAUCCUAAAGAUCUCCACUGUCACCACUCAAUCUGGUCAAAUGUUCCUGUAGAAUAUUAAAAAGAAAAAAGG